AUGGAGGAGGACUCACGCCUGGUGCCCAAGGGGGCCGGCCGGAGGAGGCGGUCGGAAGAGACGGGAAGGUGGCCACGGGGGCCGUCACUGAGUGUGCAGGCGGAGGCAGUGCGCGCAGUGCGAAGUGCGUUGGCGGGGGAACGGCCGAAAAGUGAGUUGCCUCGACAAGUCCCGUUGAGUCAACUCAGGGGUUUGCUGCCGUUGGACUGGUCGGUAGUUGGACCGUUGCCAAGGGACAGGCCGCUGCGGGUUCUUGAGCUGUUUGCCGGGGUGGGGACGGCAACCCAAACGCUGGUCCGGCUAGGGUAUACGGUCGGGGAAGUAAUUGCGUGUGAGAAGCGGGGCGCAGCCCGGGAGCUGCACAGGUGGGCGGUUGCGCAGUUGAGCGCGGAGUUUCCCGGAAGGAUCGGUGAACGGGCGGGAGUGCAGUUGCACCACCGAUUGCCCCAGGACAUCCAGCUGGUCGGCGCAGAUCACCUGCUUUCCCUCGGCCCGCUGGACGUAGUGGUGGCGGGGUGGCCGUGCCAAGGCAGCAGUGCCGCGGGGCUUGGGCGUGGGUUAGAUGAUCCUCGGUCGGGAUUGGUCGGUGAGUUGGUGCGGGUGUUGCACCACCUGCAGGCGUCCCACAGGGAGUGGGGGCACCCGUUGGCGUACGUAAUUGAGCAUGUUGCGGCUGGGCUCGACCGCCGGCCUCGGGUACGGGACCAUUUCGCUGAGGUACGCAGCCUUCUGGGGCCGGAAGUGGUCGUGGACGCGGCACAGCUGGGUUCCCACGCGCAUCGUCUGCGCGCGUGGUGGACCAAUCUCGCUGACGUGGCGGUCUUGCGCGCUGCGGUCUCUGCACAGGUUCGCCCCCCCGGACUGUUUGUCCAUCAGAUUCUAGGCCCGGGGCGCAGUGCGAUGGUCCCUCGGGGCUCGGGACAGGCUCCGUGGGCCAAAGUCGAGGUACCCGGGGAGCCAAGGCGUGCGCUGCCGACAUUUGUGAGUUACAACGGGUCCCACGCCUUUUCGCACACGCGCGGUGGAGUCCUCCAGGUGGAGAACGGCCGAUCAGUCACGUAUGGUGAGCCCACAGCAGACGAGCGGGAACUAGCCAUGGGGUUUCCCCGGGGCUUCUCUGCAGCCCCCGGCCUGUCAGAAUCCACUCGACGGGAGCUCUUGGGCCAAGCCAUGGAUCUCAACACGGUGAUGUGGCUGUUUGCGGCUUGCGCAGAGGCGGCCGAAGAGCCGUUAGUAGCUACUGUUGUGCCGUUAGGAGGGGGGUCGGAAGUGUCGAACGGCAACGGCCAGGGUGCAGGGCCAAACGUGGGCACGGCCGGGACAGUGAGGCGAGCGCAGGCGCCAGGAGGGCGCGCGCUGGCGCCAGGUGGCGCCGCAGGUGUGGGCGCGCCAAGAACGCGUGCGCAUGCGCCAGGUGGCGCCGCAGGAGUGGGUGCGUCAGGAGCGCGCGCGCCUGGGCGUGUGGCCAAGGAAGAACAGGGGAUGGGCGGUCAGCCUGGGGAGCAGCUCAGAAUGAAUACGGGGAGGGGGCUGCGGGCGGCUGCGGACGGAAAGGAGGUCGGUGGGUCGGGGGAGCAGAUCCGACCGGGGCAAGAUGGGGUUGGAAGACCGGUGGGGCAGGAGCAGUCGGUGAAAGCAGAAAAACCGGGAGGGCCGGUGGCCGGGAAGUGUCGGGGGUGGUCGGUAGGGAGUCAGCUGACGCCUGAGGAGCAGGGGUAUGCGGCGGCGGUGGCUGAGGCGAACCGGGACGUGUUCGCGAACAGCUUAGAGGAAAUUGGGGAGUUUAAGCUGUUCGAAGUGGAGUUGACGCUGAAGACAGAGAGGCCCAUUUUCGAGCGGCGAAGAAAACACAGCGUGAAGGAGUGGGAGUUGAUCGAUCAGCGGUGCGCGGAGUUGGAGGCGGCGGGGAUCAUCGAGGAGACGGACAGCGAUUUUGCUGCCAACUCGGUGCUCGCAGCAAAGAAGGAUCCGGAGGGGAACUGGAAGCUGGACCGGUUCUGCACGGACCUGCGCAGGGUUAACCUGGAGACGGCGCAGGAUCGCUACCCGAUGCCGCUGCCGGAGGAGGUGCUGGACGCGCUGGGGCACGCAAAGUUCUACUCGACGAUCGACAUCAGAGGAGCGUUUCAUCAGCUGGUGGUGAAGAAGGAGGACAGGCGCAAGCUGGCGUUCUGGGGGUCCACCAAGCUGUACUGCUGGAAGCGGUGUCCGUUCGGGGCGCGCAACGCCAGCGCUUGGUUCCAGCGGGCGAUCGACAGGACGUUGAGGGGUCUGGAGGAGUUCGCGCGGAGCUUCAUCAACGACGUGCUGGUGGCUGGAGGGGACACGCUGGAGGAGCACAUGGCGCUGGUGCAGCGGGUCCUGAACCGGCUGAGAGAGAUGGGGCUCAAAUGUCACCCCGACAAGUGCUGCUUCGGGGCAGAUUCGGUGGAGUACCUCGGGAUGUGGCCGCGUCCAGGCAAGGUGUCGCCGGUGGUGGCCAAAGUGGCGGCGAUUGAGGCCCUGCCGCGACCGACCGACGUCACGUCUGUCAAGGCGUUCAACGGGGUGGUGAAUUAUUAUCGGAGGUUCAUCCCGGAGUGCAGCAGGCUGCAGGGGCCACUCAACGAGUUGACGAAGAAAGCGGUGCAGUGGCGCUGGGGUGAGGAGCAGGAGGGGGCGUUCCUGGCGCUCAAAAAGGCGCUGCAAAACGAGCCGGUGCUGGCACUGCCAGUGCGUGGGCGCAAGUUCAAAGUGCGCUGCGACUGGAGCAAGAAGGGGGUAGGCGGGGUCCUGCUGCAAGCUGACGAGGCGGGGGAGGACCGGGUGAUUGCCUACGAGAGCCGGAGCUGCAACCCGGCUGAGUCCCGGUAUAGCAGUUUCGAGGGGGAGUUGCUGGCGGCGGUCUACUUCGUGCGGCUGUGGAGGAACUAUCUGUACGGGGAGCAGUUCAGGCUGGAGAGCGACCACAGACCACUCAAAUGGAUCCUGACCAACACGAAGCUGACGGGUAAGCUCGCUCGCUGGGCCAUGAUGCUGAGCGAGUUCGACAUGGAAGUCGACUACACCCCCGGGGAAGAAAACGAGAUGGACUGCCUUAGCCGGUACCCCCAGGAGUCCGACGAGGACACAGCAGGGGUCCGGCAGGAGGGGGACUUGGGGGAGGUGCUGGCGCCUUGCUGGUCAGCAGCUGCUGCGUUGGCGUGGGCCCUAACAGACUCGCCCGGGGAGAACGGGCGUCAGCGGGCGGUGGCGCGGCCCGCAGUGGAUGUCUUCGAGUGGCGGCGGGAUCAUCUGGUGCAUUGGGGGGCAGACGGUGAGGUGCGGGUAGUUCCGCGGCCAGAAGCGAGGGAAGCCCUGAUCCGGGACGUGCACGAGCGCUGCGGGCACUUCGGGGUGAAAAAGACGGUGUCUCUGCUGAGUCCUCAGUACUGGUGGGUGGGGCUGGCAGCGGAUGUGCAGAGGGUGGUGCGCCAGUGCGAGGCGUGUGAUCGGGUGAGGGCAGCCUUCAACUCCGUGCACCCGGUGUUGCAGCCCCUCCCGAUCAAGGGGUUGUUUUACCGGUGGGGACUUGAUUUUGCAGGGCCGUUGCCCAAGUCUAGCCGUGGGAAUCAGUUCGUGCUCGUCAUGGUCGAGCACUUCAGCAAGCACGUGGUUUUCGUGCCCACGGCAGACAAGGAGGCGCAGACGGUGGCGGAGGCAUUCACCCGGGAGGUGCUCACGACGUUCGGGGCUUGCGCGGAGGUGGUGACAGAUAGGGGGGGCGAGUUCGGGGGUGCUUUUCAGGAGCUGCUCGACAAGUCCUUCAUCGACCAUCGGUCGACUUCGUCCUAUCACCCGCAGGCGAACGGUCUCAGUGAGCGGAUAGUGGGGGUCGUCAAGGGGGCGUUGCGAAAGUGGUGCCUUGGGCACGCAGCUGAGCAAUGGGAUGUGUACCUGCCGUGGGUUGCAAUGGGGUACCGGUUUAGCACGCAGGCGUCCCUGAGCGGGUUUUCCCCGUACAUGCUGUUGUACGGACGGGAGCUGGUGAUUCCGGGGACGGUUCGGGUGGCCAUCGAGGAGCCGUUGGACUUGGACCGGCCGGACCGGUUGGUCGCGCUGGUAGCGGAGCGAGCGGCACUAUUCCGCAGGUGGGUUCCCAUGGCCAUGGAAAACCUGCAAAUCGCGCAGCAUCGCGACACGUUACGGUAUGCCAAAACCCGCAGUGGGGCUUGGAAACCCCAAGUCCUCAGGUACGCGGUCGGUGAUUACGUGUACUUGCAGCGGGAGAUGCUGAACACCCUGGACAGUCGGGCGGGCCCGCGGAUUCUGCGGGUUAAGCAUGUGAGGGUCGGGGGUGUUUUGGAGCUGGAGGGGGCGGAUGCGCGGACGGUCCGGGUGCACAUGGAGCGGUGCGCUCCCUGUCACAGAGCUGACAUCGACGACCGGCAGGAUGCGCGCCUGGCGAGACCCACCGUCGACUUCGCGUGCACGCGGUGCCGGCGGGCUGAUGACGAGGCCUCGAUGCUGCUGUGCGACGGGUGUGGGGCCGGGUGGCACACGCGAUGCCUGGUUCCUCCGCUGGCGGCGGUUCCUGAGGGUGAUUGGUUUUGCCCCAGGUGUCAGGCAGCCCAGGCAUUGGUUGGCCCAGUCGGGUCAGCAGAGUGA